CUCUCCGUCUGUUAGUUUGACAUUCUCAAAGAAAAGUUUACAUAGAAAGUAGCAUUGUAAAUACAUGGCUUACAGUAAUUAAUGUCGUAUUUUAUUUUUUUAUUGUAAUGAGAAACAUAGUUGUAAUCAUAUGGUAAAACAAGCAUUUGCUUAAGUAGAAAAGACACGAAAAUGAUUGGAAAGAUUCAAACUUUUUACUGAACAACUCACAUGUAUUGAUGAUAGCAGAUCGCAGCGUCAUGGAAAGUUACCUCAGAUGAAUAAAGUUACAUAAGGUCUGUUUUAACCUUGUCUUAUCACCUCCCUGAAGGCACCAGGUCCAUUCUCAGACCCGAUUCAAGCAACAACUUAACAGGACCUGGUCCAUUCUCAGACCUGGUUCCAAGUACAACACUGUAACAGGAUCCACUCUGAAUGAUUUACCCACGCUGAUACUGAGCCAAGCCCACGUGAAUAUAUCCCAGGUAGGGCAUAUAUUUAGCUCUUCAAAGUCCUAGAUGCUGUUACUCUGGACACACAGAGGGAGCCCUGUUCUCUACAACAGCAGGCCUUCUCUGCUUUCACUGAGGGAGGCCAUCCUCACCAACCAGACACCACACAAACAGGAUGUGUGGGGCAUAUGUGUUAGGGCUGUUCUCAUUGGCUCUGGUGCAGAUGGGCAACUGUUUGCUGCUGGGAGCCUUCAACAUAAAGACAUUUGGAGACAAGAAGUCAUCAAACACCACCCUCAUGGACAUCAUCACCCAGAUAGUGCACCGCUAUGACAUCGUGUUGAUCCAGGAAGUGAGAGACACUGACCUAUCAGCAACCAGCAAACUGAUGCAGCACGUAAACAAAGGCUCCUCCCCUUAUAGGUACCGUCACAUCGUCAGUGAGGAACUGGGCCGUAGCUCCUACACAGAGAGAUAUCUCUACCUGUACAGAGAGGAGAUGGUGUCUGUGGUUCAGAACUACACGUAUGAUGACGGGUGUGAGACCUGUGGGACGGACCGCUUCAACCGAGAACCCUUCAUCGUCAUGUUCUCCUCCAACUACACAGCGGUGAGGAACUUUGUCCUGAUACCUCAACACACGUCUCCAGAAUCUGCCGUGAAGGAGAUUGAUGCCCUCUACGAUGUGGUCGCUGAUGUCAGAGUUCGGUGGAACACCAAUGACAUGGUUCUGCUGGGGGACUUCAACGCUGGCUGUAGUUACGUCAGUGGAUCCAAAUGGCAGCAGAUACGACUCUACACAGACAGACACUACCACUGGCUGAUACCCCAUACCGCGGACACCACUGUCACCAACACCAACUGCCCCUACGAUAGGAUUGUGGUCUCCAAUGACAUGCUGAAAGGAAUAGUCCCUGGAUCAGCUGAGGUCUAUAACUUCAUGACACAACUGAACCUCAACCACAAGUUGGCAUUGGCUGUCAGCGACCACUUCCCUGUGGAGGUGAAGCUGAUUGGCCCCGCCCCAGCUGCCUGAGCCCGCUUCCAGGAAGUGUUCAGACAUUUCCAGUCUGUCGCAAACUGCACCAUUCUUCCUCUAAAAGGACCAGGCCCCAUUGGAACGAGGGUCCCAUUUGUCUUCAAUGACCCAGAGGCCUUCUGGAUUCACAUGAACGACUCAUCUCAGUAACGUCAUCAACAUGACACGUUUCAAUAAACAUCUGAAAAAAUGUC